GCAAAUGGGGUAUUAGAGAGUUCUGAACAGCAAAUGGGGUAUUAGAGAGUUCUGAACAGCAAAUGGGGUAUGUAGAGGGAGAAGAUUGGAAAGUAAAGCUGCUGAGUCGUCUAUUUUUUAGCAAUGGCUAACGAUCAGAAUUUGCCAUCCAAACUUUCGGUAAACUUUUGAUGGGGAGACGACCCUUGUAUGUGAUGUAGAUACUGAAAGGCCGAGAACUCAAUUCUGACUAUUAAUAUUGAAUUGGAUGCUCGGAGAUUUUGUUUCAUUCUAUUCUGGUGAUGUGUUAUUUGUUUGGCAAUUUUUUCAUUUCUGUGAUAAAAGUCUGAUUUACAUCAGAAAAGAUGGCAAAAUUGUCGCAGUCUGAUUCUAGACGGAUGUACUCGUGGUGGUGGGACAGCCAUAUUAGCCCAAAAAAUUCAAAAUGGCUUCAGGAGAAUCUCACAGAUAUGGAUUCCAAAGUCAAAACAAUGAUCAAGCUCAUUGAAGAAGACGCGGAUUCCUUUGCAAGGAGGGCGGAAAUGUAUUAUAAAAAACGUCCAGAGCUUAUGAAGCAGGUUGAGGAAUUCUACAGAGCAUAUCGCGCAUUGGCAGAAAGAUAUGACCAUGCGACUGGUGUCAUUCGUCAUGCACACCGGACUAUGUCAGAAGCUUUCCCAAAUCAAGUCCCCCAAUUAUUUACUGAUGAUUCACCUUCAAGUUCUGUUUCUCGUACUGAACCCAGAACGCCCGAGAUUUCAACCCCAGCACGUGCACUGUGUGAGGAGGAUAGUCUGCAAAUGGAUGCUUUGAAUUCAUCCAAUUCUCACGCUAUCAAACAGAAUGGAGAAUUCAAAGUUGAUUCUAAUUCUGUAACCAGAAGGAAUGUAGAAGUGAGAAAGGGUCUCAAUUUUGAUGAGGUAGAGGAGAAAGAGCAAAGCAUGCAGGACUCUGAGAAUCACAGUGUCAAGGAAGAAACACCAUCAAGAUCUGACAAAGUGGGUGAAUCUGAGGGGAUACUUACCUUAAAGGAAGCCCUUGCCAAACUGGAAGCUGAGAAGGAAGCUGGCCUUGCACAGUACAAACAGAGUUUGGAUAAACUAUCCAGUCUUGAAUCUGAUAUCGCUCAUGCCCGAGAAGUUUCCAGGGAGAUCAGUGAUCGUGUGAACAAAGCAGAAAAUGAAGCUGUUAUCUUGAAGGAAGAACUGUCCAAAUCAGAAUCUGAGAAGGAAGCCAACCUCCAAAAGUACCACCAUUGCUUGGACAAGAUAUCUAAUCUAGAGAAAAAACUUUCUACUGCUCAAGAGGAUUUGGAGGAACUCAACGAAAGAGCUAGCAGGGCAGAAACUGAAGCACAAUCCUUGAAAGAUGAGCUUACUAAGGUAGCUGUUGAAAAGGAUACAGCUCUCGAUAACUACAUGCGAUCUUUGGAGAUUAUUUCGAACUUGGAGAACAAAUUACAACUCACUGAAGAAGAUGCUAGAAGGCUGAAAGAGAGAGUAGAAAAAGCAGAAAGUGAAGUUGAAGUUCUAAAGCAAACCAUUUCCAAAUUGACUGAGGAGAAGGAAGCUUCAGCUCUACAAUACCAGCAGUGCUUGGAGACAAUUUCGUGUCUAGAGAAAAAAUUCACAAGUGUCCAGGAGGAGGCCCAACAGCUUAACGACGAGAUAGAUCAUGGAGUUUCCAAGUUAAAGGGUGCGGAAGAGCAAUGUCUUCUAUUAGAGAGAUCGAAUCAGUCACUUCACUCUGAGUUGGAAUCUUUGAUGUUGAAGAUGGGAACUCAAACUCAAGAACUUACUGAGAAGGAUAAUGAAUUGGGAAGACUUUGGGCUUGCAUACAAGAAGAGCGCUUGCGUUUCGUGGAGGCUGAAACUGCCUUUCAAACUUUGCAGCACUUGCAUGCUCAAACUCAGGAAGAGCUGAGGUCUUUGGCUUCAGAACUGCAGAGGAGGGCUGAACUUUUGAAGACUGUGGAGUCCCAUAAUCAGAGUUUGCAAGAUGAAGUUCUACAGGUUAAGGAGGAGAACAAGAACCUCAAAGAGAUCAAUGAAUCUUCGGCACUAUCGAUAAAUGAUAUGGAAAAUGAGAUCACUGGCUUAAAGGGAAAGAACAGUAAACUUGAGGAGGAGGUUGAGCUUCGACUUGAUGAGAGAAAUGCUCUUCAGCAAGAAAUAUACUGUCUGAAAGAAGAACUGAAUGAUUUGAAUAAGAAUCACAUUUCAUUUUUGGAUCAGGUGCAUGCAGUAGGCAUUAACCCAAGGUCCUUGGAAUCGUCAGUUAAGGAAUUGCAGGAUGAGAAUUUAAAUCUGAAGGAAACUUGCUCUAGACAACAAAAUGAGAAAGUAAAUCUUUUGAAGAAACUGGAAAUACUGGAGCAGCUUCUUGAGAAAAAUUCCAUAUUGGAAACCUCAUUAUCAGACUUGAAUGCUGAACUAGGGGUAGUCAGAAGACAGAUGGAAGCACUGGAGCAAUCCUGCCAAUCCCAUUUAGAGGAAAAAUCCUCCCUUCUCAAUGAGAAGGCCACUCUCAUGACUCAGUUACAGGUGACUAGUGAGAAUCUGCAAAGACUGUUGGAGAAGAACUCUUUUUUGGAGAAUUCCCUUUCCGAUGCUCACGAUGAACUUCAAGCCUUGAAGGCCGAAUCCACAAGCUUAGAAAAUUCAUACCAGUUACUCGAGAAGGAAAAGGCUGUGCUGAUCAGUGAAAGGGAUGACAUAACUUCUCAGUUGGGAACCACCCAGACAAGGCUAGACUACAUGUGUAAAAUUUUUGGAGAUUUGGAAGAGAAAUAUAGAGCUUUGGAGAAGGAGAAAGAAUCCACUCAUGGAAAAUUAGAAGGGUUGCAGGUUUUAUUGGUCGCAGAAAGGCAAAAACAUGUCAAUUUUGUCCAAAUGAACAAGCAACGAUUCACUGCCAUCCGAGCUGAGAUGGAGCUUUUGCAGGAAGAAUCUCAACAAAGAAAGAGGGAACUUGAAGAAAUGCUGGAUAAUGCCUUAAAUUAUGAUAUUGAAACAUUUGUCUUGCAUAAGACUGUCCAAGAUCUAGAAGAAAAUUGCUACACAUUGUUGAUUAAGCAUCAGAAACUCUUAGAGGAAUCCAGUUUGUCAGAAAAGCAGAUUUUAAAGUUAGAACAACACAGUGUUGAGCAAAGCAUUGAAAUCAAAUCCUUAUUUAAUCAAGCUACUAGUCUGAGGGGGGGAACUUAUGAUGUUUUGAAAGCACUUGACAUCAUUCAAGGCCACCAGUGCAACGAUCAAAAUGGGCAAGACCAUGUCUAUCUCAACCAAUUGUUGGGUAAAGUUCAAGAUAUGAAGAAAUCUCUCCACCAAGCUGAGAUGGCAAAUCAGCAGCAGACGCUUGAAUUGUUAGUUUUUGUCACAUUGAUUGGGCAACUAAGACUAGAGGCAAAGAAUCUCGAGCUGGAAAAGAACACUGUUGAGCAUGAGUUCAAGAUCAAGACUGAGCAGUUCUUAAAGUUGCAGAAUGAGGUCCAUGAACUCCAUGAGACGAAUGAAAAGUUAGUGUCCAAAUUAAAUGAUGGGGAUUGCAAAGAGGGAGCACUACUAGUUCAGAUAGAGGAUCUACAUAGGAAGUUAAUGAACAUGCAAGAUGCUUGUCAGGUGUUACGUGAAGAGAAUAUAGACCUUCAUCGAGAGAGAAGAUUCUUGACAGAUGAGCUCCUACUCUUGGAGCAAAAGAAAGAUAUCUUACAAGAGGAAAAUUGUGCUUUAUUUGGGGAAGUGUUGACUCUAGAUAAUCUUUCCUUCAUUUCUAGAGACUGUGUUGGUGAGAAACUUGUGCUAUUAAGACAGCUCGGUUCUGAUCUAAAUAAACUUCAUGACGUCAACGGUGAUCUCAUUGGAAACUUAAGAUUAACAGAAGGAAGGUUGGUAAAAUUGCAAGCAGAAAAUGCUCAAGUCAAGGAAGGAUUGUUGAAGACAGAGGAGGAGUUGAGGAUUAUCUCUAUUGUCAAAGAUAAGCUUAGUAACGAGGUUGAAAAUGGAAAGAAAAUGUUAAAUCAGAAGGAAUUGGAACAUCAGGAAGCAGAACAGAAGGUAAAUCUAGUGGAAAAUAAGAAUUUAGAGUUGACCAAAAUUGUGGAAGAUCUGAGGAUGGAGUCCAACAAACUUGAGAUGAUUAGAGAAGGUCAAGAAAAUCAGAUUCUCAAACUAUCUGCAGAUAAUGACCACUUGAGUAUGGAGAAUAAUCGCUUGUGUGAAGCAAGUCAGGUAUUGGAACUUUAUAUGCACAAAUUGCGUGGAGAGCAUGACAUGAGCAAAACCCGAGAGGAGAAUUUGCAUUCUAAGCUACAAAAGAAAAUAAUUGAGAUUGAGAUGUGGGAAAUUGAGGCUGCAUCGCUGUUUGAUCAAUUACAGAUGUCCAUAAUCAGCCAGCUUCUUUAUGAGCAGAAGUUCCAUGAAUUGUUUAAAACUUCUGUCGACUCUAUAAAUGAAAAGGAAAGUCUCAAAACUCAGUUGGCUGCGUAUGGCCCUGCAAUAAUUUCUUUGGAGGAAUCUAUAUCAUCCGUGGAGAAGAUUAUCAGUUUACCCGUCAAGCUUCAAUAUCCUGAAGAUAAGAAAAUGGAGGGUUCUCAAGAGAGGAAUUGUCUCGUUGGAAACAAUCAGAAUGAAAAUGAAAACCCCGUGGUGCACGACACAUUUUCAGACUUGCAAAAUCUGCGGGUGAGGAUUCAAGCUAUUGAACAGGCAGCAGUUGAAAUAUAUUGGCUAAGGGCUCAAGAAAUAGUUGAUGUCCAUGCAAAACUAGAGGGCGCAACAAGGCAAGUCGAGGAGUUAAAAUCAGAAUGCAUCCAAUAUAGGAGAAACUUGAAGUCAUCAACUGAAAUCUCUGAGGCAGACAGGACACUUCUGACGAAAGACAUCUUGCUCGAUCAGAUUUCCGAAAGUUCGUCUUAUGGAAUUAGCAGGAGAGAACAGGUCGAACCUGAUAAUCAAAUAAUUUCACCAACCAGUGAUAGAAACCAUGAUUUACACCGUGUGAAAUCAGUAAGGAAACAGAAAGGCGCGAGUCUUGGUUCAGAUGGACUGAUUGAAAAGGAGUUGAGUGUCAACAAGCUGGAGAUUUCGAAAAGAUUUAUCGACCCCCUUGAAGAAGGAAACAAGGGCAACGUACUGGAAAGGCUGAAUUCAGAUGUUCAGAAAUUGGCUAAUCUUCAAAUUACAGUUCAAGACUUGAAGAGGAAACUCGAAGUUACGGAGAAGGGCAAAAGGGGAAAAGCUGUUACCGAAUGUGAGAUGUUGAAG